UUGGGGCCAGGGUGCGGCGCCAUGACGGUCCUCUCGGAUGUGGAGCUCUCGGAUCUGUUUGUGGGCGUGGACGAUGAUUCAUGGGGGAGGUUUGUGGACGAGGUGCUGUUGAGCUGCUCGGAUCCGGAUGACGAGCAGCAGCAGCAGCAGCAGCAGCAGCGGCAGCACGACGAGGAAGAGGUGAAGCGGCAGUCGAGGCUCCAACGCAACCGGCAGUCGGCCUGGCAGUCCCGGCAGAGAAAAAAGUGGUACGUGACAGGUCUCGAGGCAAAGUGCCGCCUUUUGGAGGGCCGCUGCACCCAAUUGGAGCAGUCGGUGCGCUUUGUUUCUACGGAGAAUGUGGUGCUUCGGCAGGAGGUGUCGAGGUUGAACAAGGCCGCCAAGAGUGGCGUGGCAGAGCCUGCCGUGCUCGUCAAGGGUUCCCUGCCGUUGGAAUUCCUGUCACGCGACUUGAGUUGCCUUGUCAACCUUGUGACGCUGCUGAUACUGGUGUGGUGCCAAAUCCCGAUCACACUAGUAGGAAGAGAUCAACACACGCCGCUGCAUCAUCCUCACCACAAGAUGAAAGCAGCAACAACGAGACGAAGAAGAAGAGGCAGAAGCAGAAGAAGAAGCAGGCGGCUCAUUGCUAAUGGGUGUGGUCACCUGGACUGGAUUCCUCCUUGAUUUCAUGGAUUUUUAAUCUUGUGUGUAUAAAGAAGAACCGGUAUUGUCA